ACGAUACACCAACAUUGAACCCUCUGCGCAUUCCUCAACAGCCUUUUUUUUUUUCUAUAGCGGGGUCUAUAUAGCCUGUUCGACGACUGAAAACCAAGCUUCACAUAUACAUUUACACUCAAUUCACAAUGGCCCAAACGCCUCAGCAGCGACGCGCGAAUGAGAAAUAUGCCCGCCAGGAGGCCGCCAAGCGGGGCAAGCCCGAGACCGUGGUGAAGAAGCAGAAGAAGGAGAAGGCGCCGAUUUCCGCAACAUGGGUUUUGGUCCUCGCGUUCGUCGUCUGCGGUGGUCUUAUUUUUGAACUCCUGCGCUUGUUCUUCUAAAUAAAUCCUCCCCCAGACGAAAGGGGCAAUUCGUCCUG